AUGAAUUUCAUUCAUAUCCUCCUUUCUCUGCUGUUUGCCCACGUAGCAACAGCCCAAUCCGGGCAUGGCAUUGGCAACUCUCAUGGCCAUUCAGUCGACAAGCGCGGUGCGUUUGCACCAAGUGGUGAUGGUGUGUGCUAUACCUACACCAUUCAGCCGGGCGAUACCUGCGCCAAGCUUGCUGAGCGUUACAAGAUCACUACGAGCGAUAUCGAAACUUGGAAUACCGGGUCCUGGGGCUGGUCAGGCUGUGCAAAUGUGACGCAAGGCAAUUUUGUUUGUCUCAGCUCCGGUGCCCUUCCCAUGCCGGUUGCUCUCCCGCAAGCUACCUGUGGUCCCCAGGUUCCCGGGACAAGACGCCCUGGCAACUAUGCUGACCUGGCCUCUCUAAACCCAUGCCCCAAAGACCAAUGUUGUGCUAGGUCUGGUAAAUGUGGCACUGGCUCGGCCUUCUGCUAUAUCAACUGUCUCUCCAAUUGUGGAACGAAGUCUCAGCAAAAGAAUGUCACUACCAAAAGUGCUCCUUCAAAGACGACCACGUCGAAGACGAGUACUUUGAAGACCACUACUGCUCCAAAGCCGACUUCUUCAAAAACGACUACUUCGGAAAAGAAAGCGGAUAUGGUAACCUUGACCAGUAUAAAAUUGGUCCCACCACCAAGCAAAACCACGACCAGUGUCGCUCCGACUGCAACUUGGCAAAUGACAAUCUAUGAGGAUGAUAAAUGUGAAGGCGAUUACUUCUCUAUUCAAGGACACGAAGACCAGAAUACGGGCAAUUGCAUUAUUCUUGCCGAGGAUACCAACACCAAAAUCUCGGAUACAACCACUUCCUGUCGAUGGUGGUCUGACGGUGGUCUCGACUGGCACACCUGUGCCUCCAGUAAGGUCUCAAGCCCCAAUGUAUGGCUCUACUCGGGCAAGAAAUGUAGAGAUGAGGACUGGAUAGGAGAGACCUAUCCGCCUUUUAAGGGCUGUCAGAAUCAUAAGACUGGAUACUUGUCUCCUCGAAAUAAAGCCUGGGGUGCAUUGCAGUGUUUUGAGUACGUGUCUGAUGAUGUUUAUUGA